AUGACAUCAUUUCCAGACAGCAUUUCCUCGUCAAAAGACACAAGUCUUAUAGCGACUACUUCAGACCCUAUCUCUGAUGAGAACAACGAAAGCAAAAAAAACAUGACGACUCCAGAUCACGAAUCCCAUCAUGAAGUUGCGUCGCGCUCUGUAGAUGUCAGCACAACCGAUAGAGCUUCUCUCGGCACUCCUCCGGAAGUUGUGGCUCAUGACUCCAAUCACAUAACCAAUGGGCAGAAUGAAGAUGUGCCUAGUGAAUGGCUUACCGGUAACAAAUUGAUCGCGGUAUCAAUUGCUUUUGGAAUAGCGGAUAUUAUGGUUGCAUUAGACAGCAGCAUUUUAGCUACUGCAUUACUCACCAUAUCAUCUGAAUUCAAGGCAGUCAGUGAUAUUGGAUGGUACGGUAGUGCCUAUCUUUUGGCACAGACAUCAUGCCAACCCGUAUUUGGGAAGAUCUAUACUUGCUUCGAGCCCAAGGCAACCUAUCUUACUAGCCUUCUUGUUUUCUGUAUUGGCUCGAUUCUUUGUGCUGCAGCUCCUGUCUCUUCGUGCUUGCUUCUUGGUCGAGCAGUGACUGGGCUUGCUGCAGCUGGAAUUCUCACGGGAAGUUUAGCCAUUUUUGGCCGUGUGGUCCCCCUGAGAUUUAGGCCGCAAGGAAUGGCAAUCAUGGUUAGCAUUAGUAGCAUUGUAUCAAUGAUAGGCAGCACCGUCGGUGGUAUUCUUACAGAUUCGGUCCUGACCUGGAGGUUUUCCUUCUGGUUAAACUUACCGCUUGGACUUGCCUGUAGUCUCGUUGUCUUUUACAUCCUAGAUCGCAAGCCUCACCCUGAUCAUCAGUUACCCAUUUCCACGAAGCUAUUGAAGCUGGAUCCUCUUAGCUUUAUUUUGCUACUAUCAAGUAUGACCUGCCUUUUUGUGGCUGUUGAAUUCGGUGGCGUAUCCGUCUCAUGGUCGAAUUCAAAAGCUUGGGGAUCUGUACUAGGAUUUGGACUUCUUGGGAUUUCUUUCAUCAUUCUUCAGCGACACCAAAAAGAAAAGGCCGUAGUUAAUCUUCAAAUGAUCCGACAGCGAACAGUCGCUAUCUGCUAUAUGUUCUCAUUCGCAUACGGUCUCGCCAUCACUACCCAUACUUGA